AUGCUUCUUCUCCAGAUUACACAUCAGCCGGCGUUCCACCAACAUAGAACCAAGGAGCAGUUGGGACAUCUGGUCGGCAACUCUUUCUUGAGCUUUCCUACCAUGUGUGGUCCUGGUUUCUACAUCCAGAGCGAGAAGACAUCUGCUUACCUCGAGACGAGAAUCGAGGCGUUCUUGAGCCAGUUCUCUCAUGACCUGGAUUCUAUAAAUCUCAAAGAGGAGAGUGACAAGCACUUGGGUCAGAUUGAAAGCGGGCACUAUGACUUUUUGAAAGACCAGGAGGACGCAGCGCGGAUCGAGACCUUGACCAAGGACGAGAUGGUCGAAUUCUACUGGCACUUCAUUCAUCCGGGCUCUCCGACGCGAGCAAAACUCUCGGUUCACCUUCUUGCCCGAGCGGCGAUGUCCAGGUGGUAA